ACCCAGGUUUCCAUUGCGCGGCUCUCCUCAGCUCCUUCCCGCCUCCCAGCUUAGAUCCUGGGGGCGGUGCUGACGUCGGGGCCCGCCCUGUGGCCCCGCCCGGCCCGCUCUUGCUAGCGCCCAAAGCCAGCGAAGCACCGGCCGGACCGGGCCAUGUCCGCGGAGCCUGAGCUCAUUGAGCUGCGGGAGCUGGCACCCGCUGGGCGCGCUGGGCAGGGCCGCACCCGGCUGGAGCGUGCCAACGCGCUGCGCAUCGCGCGGGGCACCGCGUGCAACCCCGCACGGCAGCUGGUCCCGGGCCGUGGCCACCGCUUCCAGCCUGCGGGGCCCGCCACGCACACGUGGUGCGACCUCUGUGGCGACUUCAUCUGGGGCGUCGUGCGCAAGGGCCUGCAGUGCGCGCAUUGCAAGUUCACCUGCCACUACCGCUGCCGCGCGCUCGUCUGCCUGGACUGCUGCGGGCCCCGGGACCUGGGCUGGGAACCCGCGGUGGAGCGGGACACGAACGUGGACGAGCCCGUGGAGUGGGAGACACCUGACCUUUCUCAAGCUGAGAUUGAGCAGAAGAUCAAGGAGUACAAUGCCCAGAUCAAUAGCAACCUCUUCAUGAGCUUGAACAAGGAUGGUUCUUACACAGGCUUCAUCAAGGUUCAGCUGAAGCUGGUGCGCCCUGUCUCUGUGCCCUCCAGCAAGAAGCCACCCUCCUUGCAGGAUGCCCGGCGGGGCCCAGGACGGGGCACAAGUGUCAGGCGCCGCACUUCCUUUUACCUGCCAAAGGAUGCUGUCAAGCACCUGCAUGUGCUGUCACGCACAAGGGCACGUGAAGUCAUUGAGGCCCUGCUGCGAAAGUUCUUGGUGGUGGAUGACCCCCGCAAGUUUGCACUCUUUGAGCGGGCUGAGCGUCAUGGCCAAGUGUACUUGCGGAAGCUGUUGGAUGAUGAGCAGCCCCUGCGGCUGCGGCUCCUGGCAGGGCCCAGUGACAAGGCCCUGAGCUUCGUCCUGAAGGAAAAUGACUCUGGGGAGGUGAACUGGGAUGCCUUCAGCAUGCCUGAACUACAUAACUUCCUGCGUAUCCUGCAGCGGGAGGAGGAGGAGCACCUCCGCCAGAUCCUGCAGAAGUACUCCUAUUGCCGCCAGAAGAUCCAAGAGGCCCUGCACGCCUGCCCCCUCGGGUGACCUCUUGUACCCCCAGGUGGAAGGCGGAGAGCAGGCAGCACCAAGUGCAUGCCGUGUGAGUGUGACAGGGCCAGUGGGGCCUGUGGAAUGAGUGUGCGUGGAGGCUCUCCUCUGCUGGGGGAAUGAGCCCAGGGAACAGCGAAGGAGCUUGCCCCCUGUGUCCACCUGUGGGUAUAGCCGGGUAUGGCUCUGCACCCCUUGCACCCCUCUGCCCCUCAUUACUGGGCCUUGGUGGGCCAGGGCUGCCCUGAGAAGCUGCUCCAGGCCUGCAGCAGGAGUGGAGCAGACAGAAGUCUCCUCAAUUUGUGUCUCAGAAGUGAGAAUCUUGGAGAUGCUACAAACAGAACAGGGUCGUGUUUGCAGGGGUGAGGGCCCUCAUCUAUGGGGAAAGGUUUUGGAUUUUGAAUGUGGUCUCAGGAUAUCCUUAUCAGAGCUAAGGGUAAGUGCUCAGAAUAAGACAGGCAUUGAGGAAGAGUCUUGGUUUCUCUCUGCAGUGCCAACUCCUCACACACACUGAGGUCAGGGAGUGCUGGCUCACAGUGCAUCAAGUGCCUUAAUGCCUCAUAUGAGGAGGAUGUCCCUGGGCCAGGGUCUGUGUAAAUGUGGGCACUGGCCCAGGUUCAUACCUUAUUUGCUAAUCAAAGCCAGAGUCUCUCCCUCAGGUAUUUUUCAUGAAGUGUAUGAAUGUAUGUAAUGUGUGGUGGCCUCAGUUGAAUGCCUCCUGUGGGGAAAGGGGUAGGGGUGACAGUCAUCAUCAGGGCCUGGGGCCUAAGGGAAUUGGCUGAAUAAAGAUUUAAAGAUCCUCC